AUUAAGUGAAAAUUUAAGUAGUUUGACUGUUUAUAGGGACAUAUAUUUAAACGAAACUUACGGUAUACCAUAUUUUAAAUGAUCAUGCGAUUUAUAACUACUAAUAUACUGUAAGACCAUACUGGCAGGCGCGAGUUACGGUUACAUACAAAACACUUAAAAACAGGAACAGAAGAGAUUGAAGCAGAAACGUAACUUGGAAACGUAAAAUGGAAGAAAUUAAUAAUGAAAUGUGACGUUUUUUUGAUUUGACCAUUUCGGAUUCAAAACUUCUCAAGUUUCUCUUUCUGCUUUCCUGUUGUAUGUUGCAGGAAUCCUUAUUGUACAUAGCACGAACUUAUAAUACACAUCCAUGGUACAUAGUGUAUCAAAUCAUUUUGACACCGCAUUUUUGGCCAGUAUGAAGUCCAUGCUGGUUAUGUGCUUUGCAAUUCUGGACGUGUGGGCCCAAGAGGUGGCAUGGAUUGCAGGGAGUCCAGCAUCAGUCAGCAUUUCCUCUAAAAUCUACCCAGGUGGUCGAAGUGGUGUUGGAAUCUGGCAAGAAGGUAUUAAUAAUGUCUGGCUAUUUGGAGGCCUAGGUAUAUCUGACAAUCCUUUUGAGAGCCCUAGGCUUCUUAACGACUUGUGGUACUUCAAUGGCAGCAGUCAAACUUGGCAUCAAGUGCAUCAAGGGGCAGUUUUCGAUUCAACAGUGGUUGAAUAUCGAUCAUCACAGAUACCUCGCCCAAGACAACUAUCAGCAGUGUGUGGUGCUGGCAACAUCAUGGUGGUUUUUGGAGGACUGGCUGAGGAGGACUUGGCACUGGGAGAUCUGUGGGUGUUUGACACUGUGACGAAGGAGUGGCAAAGCCAGGAGCAGGCAUACAAUGUGCAAAGAAAUAAGAGUGAGCCUUUGUUGGUGAGGCCAGCACCGCGAGGUGACAUGGCAAAAUGGUGCACGUCUACCCAUUUAUUUAUAUUUGGUGGAGUUAAUGGUUCUAAUCAUAUAUUUUCGGACAUGUGGAAGCUCAGUUUGCAAGAUUUAAUUUGGGAAGAGGUAGCAAGUUCUGCUUUGGCACCUUCUUCCCUAAAAGACCAAAAUGCAUUGAGUUAUCCUGCUGGACGCAAUGGAGCUAUGGCAUGGACUGUCGAACCAGAUAAUCUCUAUCUUUUUGGUGGCAAUGUCCUUAGGCAAUAUUUUCGUAAACAACAUAUUGCAGCUGGCUAUACAUCAGAUCUUUGGCAAUACAAUAUAAUUAAUGAUACAUGGAUGUUUCUUAAAGGUCAUAUACAACCAGGACAACCUGGUGUUUAUGGACAUUUGGGCAUGCCAACUGAUUACAAUGUACCAGGAUGCCGCAAAGGUGGUGUCACAUGGACUGAUGCUAACAAUUAUUUGUGGUUGUUUGGAGGUGAGGGGUGUGACACCUUGACACCUUCUGACACAAGCUCUUCAGUAUUGCUUACAGAUUAUUGGUGUUACAACACUCUGAUUGGAAGGUGGGAAUGGAUUGGGGGCAGUAAAGAAGGCAACAAACCUCCUAUCUUUAGGCAAAAAGGGAAACUGACAUAUUCAGCUUUAAUUGGAGGUAGGACUGAAGCUGCAGCAUGGAAAAAAAAUGAUAAUGCCGUGUACUUGUUUGGUGGAAUGGGACAUAAUGGAACACAGUAUUAUUGUUAUCUCAAUGAUUUAUGGCUGAUAAAUAUUUCAGAGACAGUGGGCCUUGGAGUGCCAUUUCCAGUUUUGUAUGGUUUUGGACUUGUCUUUCUUGGGAUAUUUUUAGUUCUCUGUCUUGUAGUUAUUGGUGUCUAUGUGUAUGACUGCAGCAAAGGUAACAGAACACCAGAGUGGCGACUUGGCUCCAGAGACAUAGCCAGGUACAGACAUCUCUUAGGAAAUGACUCUUGAUACACUUCAACCAAAAUAGUUCAUUAUCACUGUGCAUGCUAUCAAUGCUGACUAAAUCAUGCAACCAAUUACCAGAAUGUUGGCAAUGGUGUAAAUUCAAAUUAUUGACAAAUUUAUUUUUUUACAUAUCUCAUGUAAAAAAAUGUAAUAGUUUAAACACACCAAACCUAGAGAUUUUACUGUUUAACACUGGCUGCUCUUGCAUGAGUAAGCAGCAACCAAAGGAUAUUGUCAGUAGUUGAUGGCCAGCACGUUAAAGGGUGAGCUAGAUACAAAACUGGGACAUAGUCUACUCUUUAUUUUCAGUAGCGACUCCUGCAGCAUUUACAUGAAGUAUUGGACAUGAGGCCAGUCUGUUUAAAGUUUGCAGGAAUGAACUGCAUUUUUCUAGUCACUAUGCAUGCAUAGGAACAGCAGCUAUUGCACUGCAUCCCAUUAAACAACCAGAUCCAUUUUAUUUGUAUUUUUUUAAUUUAUUCAUUUAUUUAUUUAACUAUCUUUCCAUUUGUUUGUCAGUUCUCUAAAAUGCAUAUUUCCUUAGUCCUCCUUGCCUCUUACCUGUAAAUAAAGUAUAUAAAGUCUCAAAAGAUCAUUUUUAAAUGACAAAGCAUCUUCAAUAAUCAAAACACAUUGGUUGACUAAAUUUAUAGAAAAGCUACUGCCUCUUUUUUUGUUUUUAAGUGAAAAUUGUAAAUGAAAGAACCUUAAUCUUUGAAAAAGUGAUCAUUUAUCAGCUGUAGACCUGGCUUUUGUUGUUUUUCUUUUAGUUGGGGUGGGGGGAGUUGCAAAAGCUGGAAAAACUCACUUGUACAUAUGUAAUUAUUGAAUUAUUAAUUGGUUCUAUGUUUUACUAAAUUUACUUUCUCAUGAUAGAUAACAAGUAUUAUGCAUUUGUGCCUUCAUUAUGUGAUAUUCAGAUCUAUUUUAAACUGUGUAAGGGAGGUCAUCGAUUGUCUUGUUAAAAACAAAUGUGUCAGAAUACAUAGAGUUUGCACAUCUUAGACAAUAGAAAAAUUUUCAUUUUCUGAUCCUAUUUUUCUCUGGUCAUUAAAUAUCUGGUAUUUGUCAUGCCAAAGGAAAUCCAAAAACAGUUCAAAAGUAUUUCCGGACUACCUGGUGUGUAUAUGUGUACGUCUUACUCUUGUCUCAGGAAUUAAAAAAAAAAUCACUUGAUAUUCUUGGCAUUUUUUUUCCUCAGAAUUCUUUUGAGUUUUUAUUUUCUUUUGUAUAUGAAUAGAUUAUAAGUAUUACCAUCUAGUGAGAGAGAACCUUUGUAUCAUGAAAGAGGUGUCUGCUCAGUCUAAAAUGUUAUCGUGUUUUAUUUCAUGACAGUAGAGUCACUUCAACCUUGAGACUAAAGACCACUUUGUAAAGUUGAUUUUACCCACAUGGGUGUCAUAUAUUUUGCUGGUAAAUAGUUUUCUUAGUUAUAAACUAUUAUUCUAUAGGUUUUUUUUCAAAAAGCAAAGAUCAUUUUCAUUUAAGAUUUUAUGCUACAUGAUUUCAGUAUGUUUUGUGAUCUGCAAGUACAUAUGUUUUGAUAUUACAAUGUUUUGUUAUACAUGUUUUACAAUACUUAUAGGCAGAUGGAUGACAGUAACUUUAUUAGUCAUUUUGAUAUGUAUGUACCAAUCUAGUCAAAAUACUUUUUGUGAUGUACCCUGCAACUUACAUCGCUGUCUUAAAAUUACUUGCUUUCAUAAAGUGACAAUGGAGAUACAUUAGACAUGUACGUUUGUGACAUAUCACAUUGACAUAACAGUCAGCUUCAUUGACACUUUGUCCUUGACUCUUUUUAUUUCAUUUAUUUCAUCAAUUUCAGUUGCAAUUUCAUUGAGGCUUGUGAAUACAUCAAAUAAUGGUAUUUCAGUGUAUUGAAAUACUUUUCUUGAUACCUGUGCAAACUUUUUAUUUACAUAUUAAUACUACAAUUGUGCCUUUUGAAUACUCAUUUAUUUUAUGUAAGAGUGCCUGUUUAUAAAAGCUUAUACAUUAUUAGAUUUGAUAAAUGUGAUCAGGGAUUUCUUAUUUGUGAUGUUUUGACUAAACAUGGCUUUAUCCCUAUGAUAUCUAAAUCUCAGUGGGUUUAAAAAAAUUCUCUUACACCAGUGGAACAAAUAAAUGUCUUUUUCAUUGAAUUAA